ACUUUCAGCUCGCUCGGAACCCACUUUGGUGGCUCCUGCGCCUUAUUCCCCACACCAAUAGUAUGGUGUCGGCCAAAGCAACACCUGGCAGCUGUAGUAGCCCUUGCGAGCAGCCCAGCAGUCCGCACGGUCCAUGCACGGCAGGACUCCCCAAUGGCGGCCAGCAGCCGUCGCCAUCCACACUGCGAGGGAAGCUAAAAGAGCUCCUGAAGCGUCUUAAGCCUACUCGCUCAUCGGGGAGCAUGCUCACUCGCUUUGAAAGCGCACCCAGCGAAGCCGUCACCCGGACAUGCACCCGGUGCGAGACCGGCGAGAGCGCUUCCUCAAACGUAACGGACUACCGUCACGGAGACUCAUCGGACAUCGCUGGUGGUUCUGACAGCGGCUACUCGCCCCGGAGCUCGGCGGCCUUCGGGUCCAACGGCGGCGCCAGCGGCGGUAGCGGCGUCAGCGGCGGCUCCCCACCCCUGGGCUCCUCCCCGCCCUACAUCAUGACUUUAAACAGCAACAGCAGCCGCCCCUACCUGCGCAAAAACAGCAGCCGCUUCGGCGCCGCGGCCACUGCCGCCGCCGCAGGCGGCGCCAGCCCCACGGGCACUUCCAAAAAGGUCUACCCCGUGGAUCUGCCCUCGCCCGUGGCCCCUCCCGCCGUAAUAAACAACGGCAACCACAGCCCCUUUGAGCACCCAGCCGAUGUGGGUCGCUUCCUGCGCGCCUCGCUCUUCACUCGGCGCUCCAACUCCAGUCCACAGAACGAAAUGGCGGCAAUGCGCCCCGCAGAGAUCAUCAAGGCGGCGCCGGCGGUGCCGGGCGUGGCAGCGGGUGCGGCGGCGGCGGCCGGGGCGGCGGCGGCCUCGCAGCAGCAGCCGCGCGGCAGCAGCGGCGCAAUUAUGGCUCUGGAGAACAUGGAGUCGCCGGUGUUCCCAAUGGGCGGCGGCCUGCCCUCGCCUGCAGGCAUGGGCCACGGCGGCCACCACGCGCUGCUCAGUUGCCUGUCCGGUGACUUCUUUGCAGCGAUGCCGGCGUCCGCAGCGGCCUCGCCGGCGGCGGCGGUGGCGGCGUCGCCGCCGCUGCCGCCCUCCGCCCCGGUCUACCUGAGGACGGCGGCUUCAGCGACGACAUUGCUGUCGUCUGCAUCUGUGUCGGCAGGUCUGCCGCGCCUGAACAAGGAUGACUCCCACAGUAGCGGCACCUUGCUGAUGCCGCACCCGCCGCCGGCGCCGGCGCCGCAGCAGCUGCAGCAGCAGCGCACGCUGCGUGGCGGGCGGCUGGGGAGCGGCACGGUCGAGGAGAGCGCGAUGGCACUCGCAGCGUCGGCGUCGGCGUCCGUCGGUGGCAGGCCGCAGCCCGGCAGCGGCAUUGACAUUGACGGCGGCUCGCCGCCGGGGACCCUAGCCGGCGGCAGCGGGCCUGUGGCCCUAAAUGCCGCCUGGUCUCGCCGCGGCAGCGCGCCCGAGGCCCUCCUUGAGAACUACCUCGCCUUGGCGCCCCCGCUGCACGCGCCGCCGCCAGCGAUCAAGGCGCCGCAGCCGCCGGCACCGCUGCAUGUGCCGCCGCCGGCCGUGCGCACCGUCGCGCCGCCGCCGUCCUCAUGUCGGUCACUGAUGCCCGCUGGCGGUCUGGAGGUCGUGACGCCGGGCUCCACGCCGCGCCUGGUGCCGGUGCUGCCCAGAGAGCAGCUGCUCCCGCCGGCGGCAGGCUCUGCCGACAUCAACGGCGCCGCUGCGCCGCCUGCCGCCGCCGCGGCGUCUGGCGCCGCCGCCACCCCCGUCGCCAAGCUGUCGCUGCCGCAGCUGCUGCGGUCGGCUAGCACGGCCAACGCCCAGCUCGCCAACCCCUACAUCAACCCGGUGGCCUGCGCACAGAGUGCCUCGCGCCAGAAUGCCUACCGGCCGCCAGAGGCUGCCAAGCUGUCCGCCGUCGUCGCCGCCGCCCCAGCAGCGGCCGCCGCCGCCAAGGCGCGCCCACAACCGCCGCCUGCCGCCGCCGCCGCCGAGGCCAACCGCCAACAGGCAGUGCUGCAGGCACCUGCGGCUGCUGCCGCUCGCGACGCUCCCAAGCCCCAGCCCAAGGCCUCCGCCACAGUGGAGCCUGUUGCGGCCGCUGCUGCCCCUGUGGAUGCGGGUGCGGAGGCGGAUGGCGAGGAGGCGGCUGCUGGCGUUGCGCCGCCGUCGCUGCUGCUGUGCGUGAGCCCGGCUCUACCCAAGGCAAUGGACCGAGAGGACUGGAGCCUGGAAGACUACACGGUAGUCAAGCGGCUGUACAAGGGCUCGAGCGCCGCGGUGUACCGGGCCACCUGCAACCGCUCAGGCAUGCCGGUCGCGCUCAAGGUCUAUUUCCUGUCCCGGCUGCCCGACGCGAUCAAGCACAUGGUGGUCCGCGAGCUGGAGAUCCACAGCAGUGCAAUCCACCCCAACAUCAUCCAGCUGUACGCUGCGUUUGAGACGGAGAAGCAUGUGGUUCUGGUCAUGGAAUACGCAAGUCGUGGUGACCUGUACGGCAUCCAGCGCGCCACCGCCGAGCACCCCUUUGGCCGCCGCCAGGAUGAGGGCCGGGUGGUCAGUGUGGUGCUGCGGCCGCUGCUGGCGGCGCUGGCGUUCCUGCACUCGCGCGGCAUCUGCCACCGUGACAUCAAACCCGAGAACGUGCUGUUCACCUCCAAUUGGCAGCUGAAGCUGGCGGACUUUGGCGUGUCCAUCGACCUGGCUCGCGAGCGCGCCGUGACACGCGCCGGCACGGCCUGCUACAUGGCCCCCGAGGUUGUCCGCUGCCCUCUGAAGCACCGGCCCGAGGACAACAAGAACGACCCGCGCCUGGCCUACGGCACCGCCUGCGACAUCUGGGCGGUGGGCGUGCUGGCCUACGAGCUGCUGGUGGGCUUCACGCCGCUGUCGGCUGCACAUGGUGGCGGCGGCGCGACGUCGGAGGCGGAAGCCAAGGGCCCGGGCGGCACCACGCUGAUGUUCCCGGGGACCACGUCGGCCGCCGCUCGCACCUUUGUGAGCUGGUGCCUCGCAGACCACCCCGAGGACCGCCCCACUGCCUUCCAACUGCUGCACCACGAGUGGCUGUACCCGGCCGGCGCCUCGGCUGCGGUGGCGGCGGCAAUGAGCAGCUCGGGCGUCGUCACAACCGCGCAAAUGGUGGCGGCGGCGGUACAGGCGGAAGCGCGCAUCUGCUGCAGCGCCGGGCACAGCUAGUCAGGAGGAGGAAGGAAGAUGAAGAGGCACUGUAUGUGAGGCGGCACGCCAGCAGCAGGAGGCUGCUGGGGUCCGGCCUGCGGAGCAGGGUGCGGGCGCACGCAAUGUGGCAGCGGCUGCGGACGGUGCGUGGUCCCACAUUGCUGUGACCGAUGUGGGGCCUCACCAGUAUCGCGUGUGUAAGUGUAGAUAGGUUGGUAAACCCCUCAAUCGUGAACAUGGACGCGCACUCUUGUUAAAUGUUGUGCUGAAGUUUGGGUUCCGGGGUGUCCGCGGUGUUGUGUGAAAGCACACAGCCAGUCCACUAGCAGCUGGUAAGCCGCCAUCCCAGUGUAUAGCUAAAUUUGUUAAGCGUUGUCGAUGCAUUUCAUUGUGAACUGUCCCCAGGCCGUCAAAAGUGUGGUCGUAAGCGCUCCUUGCAAACCGCCCGCCCGGCUGCAGCCCCAGAUUGAGUUUGCUGAUUCGGGCAUAAUUUGCAUGUGCAUACGUUUUGACCACACGCUCAUAUUCCACACGCUAGCGCCGCUGUGCUGCCUGCCGUGCCUGGCAUUGCGUGAGGCAGUAGCGCGGUGCCAAAGAAGCGGCGGCCUUAGUAGCCCCUGCAGCACCCGCCGCUUACGCAUGCGUGCGCACAUGUUGUGCGGCAUUCGUAGCCCAAAUGGGGAUCUCCGCAACUCGUUAUUGUGACUGCCUGGCGGAGCUACGGUCCUGAUGAGGGCUUGAGGCAGCGUGAGGUUAUGAGAGGGCCAUGAUGAUUUGCUGGGAGAGUGAGAGGUAUACGUCAGGAUACUGUGACUUUAGUGAAACCAAGGCCUUCGGGCGAGGCCUUCUCGGGAGCGAUUAGACGGAAUAUGGUAGGAUUGAGAAUGCUGCCACCGCUGCCUCAGCAGGGCGGGCAGGCGAGGUCAGAAAGGAUACCGAAUCAUGCGCUAACGAGCGCUCCUGUGGUGCUCUCCUGGUGGAGUAAGAUAGUGACCGCGGUCGUGCGUGACCCGGGACGACUUGCGGUGAGUUUAACUGUGGCGUACAGGUGGCGCAGAGAGGGGCGAGGCUGCCGGCGAGGCUGCUGUUUUGUUAUCCAUGCUUUCGUCCGACCUUGUUCUCAGCGCUGCAUCUGAUAUCGGGGGCCGAUAUCGUCACUGGGUAUGUGAGCAUGCGCAUGUGCGGAAGUCUGGGCCCAUUUCAAGGAUUAUGCAUGUCGACCCGCACGUUCGGUGCAAGCCGUGUUGGCCGCGCCUAAUGACUUGGUCGGCUGUUGCGAGUGCGGCAAUGGUAGAUGGGCCCCCGUGCGGGUGAUAGGGGCACAGGUAGGCAAGGCCCCUACCAACCAUCAUUGUUUGUGCUGAAGUAGUUGCAAAGUCCUUCACAGCGAGUGCCCGGCGGAGCUGCCAAGUGUGGGGCCGUGGGGGAUCUGACUAUCGGUUAUAAGCUUCAUCUCAAGGAAGGAAGGAAAGGACAGGUCCCGGCCAUACGCCUUAUUCAAUAAGAUCACGCCUGUACCUUUUGGGGGUGUAGGGCUACGUCAUCGAUUGUGGAAUAUUCAUACAGACUGGCCGUACCGUUACGGGCUGAGAAGUAAGUUCGCAUGGGCAAUAUCAGGGACCUGCUGACGCACGAGGCAGUUGUGCGAAGUGCGAUCACCCUGCUCUUAGGGAGGGAGGAAGACAACAAGUAAGUUCGUUUGUGUGUUGCGCCAUCCUCUUUUUUGUGAAGCUUUAUAUUCCAACACUGUUACGGCUGUGGUCCGCUACCGCGGCCGGUUUGAUGGUCCAGUACGGCGGUCCAGUACGGUCCGGUCCAAGGGGCUAGCUCGUAUUAUACUUGCUAGGAUCGGUAGGUGUUGAUUGAGGCCCCACGUACGGGGUUGAUGUUGGGAUAGCCGCAUGUGUGCCGUCAGGUACAAGGCUAGUAAACAUUACUGCACUUCCUCUAGGAUACUACGGAUUGGGGCCUAAAGCAAAGACAGGGAAUUGUUCUCGUCGCUGCGUGUUUGUGUUUGUGUCACCCGCCAAUUGGUGGGUUGAAGGCGAUAGGUGAGCAGGUUUGGGGUUGAAGCAAGGCGAGGCGCUGGUGCGGCGCCGCCGAGGUCGGACUCCAAAGCAUAUUUUUUCAUCCCGGACGCGGGGAACAUAUGGAUGUCCGCAUAAUAAACCGCGUAGUGCUGUGUUGCCGUGGCCUCCGCCACGGCAUGCCGCGCCAAGGCUGGGGGCGCAUGUCCCUGCUUGCGCUGGUGCCCACGCGCAAUGAACGCGCAAUGGUUGGGCAGAACCUUUGGAAGUAGCUUGAUUCAGACAACGUUCAUGCUAGUGAUGGUGGAUUGUUGACAGCUGUUUGGAAAGUACGGCUGUGGCACCUUAAGUCAUCGCCAAUCCCCCCGUUGGUCAUAUGAAUGCAACAAGCCGCAACACCGCGGCUGACGUGUCGCUGAGCGUGGGCAUCAGCGCGCACGUGCCCCGCAAGUAAGAUGAGUGGCUGAGCCGUAAUAGCAGUUGUUUGCGUGUGUGUGUGUGUGUGUGUGUGUGUGUGUGUAUUUGUGUGGGGCGAUUUCAGGUGUGCGCCCUGGGCAAGUACGCAGGCCUGAGGCCACCGGUGUGUCUGCAGGCCGCCUACGUACUCACAGUGACGCAGCGGCAAUUGGUAUUGAUACUAAUACGGUGCAAGUGCUGAAUUCUGAAGUACUUGGAUGGGUGGAUGACUGCACCCGCACGUGCCCGCCUAAGCCUGCGUCAGAUGGUAUGAUCAAGCCAGCAAGAAGUGAGAUGAUGUAAGGUGCCUGUUAC